AUGCAGCCUCCAAGCACGCAACUCAAGCCUUUUUUGACUGCUUGCGAGCCGAAGUGGCGCGAUUCAACAUUGAAGUGACCGUUGUGUGUCCCGGCUACAUCCAGACGAACCUUUCGCUCAAUGCCGUCACCUCAGACGGAUCCCAGUACGGAGUGAUGGACAAGACCACCAGUGAAGGCAAGGCGGCGGCUGACGUGGCUCGGCUGGUCCUGGACGCCGUGGGGGAGAAGCAGAAGGAAGUCCUGGUGGUGCCCGGUUUCCUGCCCGCCCUGGCGGUCUAUCUCCGGCCCCUCUGCCCCGCCCUCUUCUUCAGCCUCAUGGCCAGGAGAGCCGGCAAGGACAAGAAGGAGAAGGAAUCCUAGCCCUGACUGGACGCCGCCGUGUCAGAGGGGGACUGAAGAUGGACCGGGGGAAAACGGUGGGAGUGUUUUAAUUUCAUCCUUCGUUGCACUAAAAGGCGGGUUUUGUCUGGGGGCAACAAACAUCACAACGCAAAGUCUUCGGGCAACGCAAAGCAUGUGUUUUAUG